AUUUUGAUCAAUCCUUACAAAGGAUCAAUUUAUGUCAGUAAAUUGUAUCAGAUUUAUGUCAGUAAAUUGUAUCAGAUUUGUUUAUGUUAACUUGUAUCAAUUUGUUCAUUCCCAGUAAUUGUACCAGAUUUGUUGUUCAAUUAUGCCACUUCGGUAAAUUCGACGGUGUUUUUUCGGCUGAAAACUAAAAAGGAGUUGAUAUGGGCCUUUGGAUGAAUCAAAUGGUGGAAGAAUAUUUGACUGUGUGAAUGUGGGAUUACCCUGACUAAAGGGAAUUUACUUCUUGGAAAAGUCACCAGACGCUUUGUUCCCAUUGAUAGGAUUCUAAAACCUGUUUUACUAGAAUGUGUGACUCCAGUGACUUGCUACUGGACUCUAUCCUUGAUUGUUCGUGAGGAAUCAGAAAUGGUGUUAGUUUACAAGGUGAAAUAUUUAAAGGCUUUUGAGAUAGCUCAGCAGAUUGAGGUUCCUGCAUCAAGCUUAGCAAGGGAAGAUGUUACUGCAGAUGCUCAGAAGGUCAUCAAAUUAGCUGAAGAUGUUCAGAAGUUUGCUAUAAUAGAAGCUGAGAAUCUGCUUUUGAUGACUUUUGAAGGAGCUGAAGGGGAGAAGACUGAUGAACCAGAAGCUGUCAAUCCAGAAGCUUCAAGAGGAAUCUCCAAAAGCGUGUGGUCACACACAGGGGAGGAAAGUGGUAUCGAGAGAAGAGGCAGUCAUGUGAAUCAAAGAUGCGGUUGAUGCCAGAAAUGAGAGUGGAUCUGAUAUUGUGAUUGUGGCUCGCACCGAUGCGCGCCAAGCCCUGUCUCUUGAUGAGGCACUCUAUAGGUCAAGGACAUUUGCUGAUGCUGGAGCUGAUGUUGUUUUUAUAGACGCACUUGCUUCCAGACAAGAGAUGGAAGCUUUUUGUCAAGUUUCUCCUCUUGUUCCAAAAAUGGCCAAUAUGCUUGAAGGAGGAGGCAAAACACCGAUACUCACUCCUCUUGAACUUCAAGACAUUGGUUAUAAAAUUGUUGCCUAUCGCCUUUCCUUGAUUGCAGUUUCUAUACGAGCAAUGCAGGUGACAUGGUCCUCCCUUUCUUUAACCUUGAUAAUCAUUAAUUGAUUUUUUUUAUGCUGAUGAUAAGUUCAUGAUUGAGAUAAUACAUGCCAAGAGCCGCUUUUCUGUAGUAGUCUGAGUAAUACAUUUAGCAAAACAAUAUCCAAGAACUGGUUCUAUUUUCAAAUUCAUCAAAUUUUCAGAAGAGUUUCUAUUGUAAUUAUAUUAUCUCACAAUUCUAAACAUCUGCUAAAGGAUACACACACACAAUCCAUGAGCAGUAUAGGAAACAAAAUAUACCAUCCAACCAGUGUUAGUCCACUUUUCCCCGGAAUGAAAUUUUUAUUAGACUAGAAUAGAUGCACCUAGGAUGUUACUUCUGUUAAUGACUAUAUGAUUUUAACUUGGAUUCCCCAAAAUCAUAAAUCACAAAAUCAUACUUGGUUGUUUAUGGCAGAUCCAUUUCAAAUGGUUAACAAUUUGUCAAAUCACAUACAUAUUAAAUUAAUUUCAUAUCCGAAUGUUAAUGAUCAUAUUCAAAAAAAUUAUUCAUAACAAAUCUUUAAUGCUCCUCCAUGAGUGCAAUGCCAGAAGCACUCGUUUUGCUUAUAGAUUCUUUUUCAGCACACUCUUUAUAUUUGAAAUUUAUGUCGGUCUCAUCAUUUUGAGAAUAGGUCUCAAUCAAUUAAAAAUCGAGUUCAAAUGAUUUAGUGAGACUCAUGUGAAUUUCCUUGAAUAAUAGAGUGUGUUAUUUGCGUUA